UGGUCGGUGGUCUUAGCAAAUUUCGUAAUUGGCAAAAGUUAUUCGGAUUUAAUGAGUAUUCUUUGGAUUUAAUUGUUUUUACCUGUCCAUUUAAAUCCACUGCCCUCAUUUUAGUUACUAAAAAAUAUCUACAAUCAUAUUAAUGAAAAAUUAGAAUAGAAAUGUUGAGAACAGUGGUACGUCUAACACCGACUUUUAUAUUUCCUAUAUUUGAGAGCAGAAAUGCAAAUGAUUACGAUAUGCUCAACAAAGACACUGAAGCUCCACGUACAGGCUUCGAAAGGGUGAAAAUGAUGUACACAACGAAUGAAUAUGAUGAAGUGUCUCCAGAAAUGAACCAGGUUGCCCAGGCAGCAAUGUUUGGAACAUUUAUCGGAGGUUGUAUGGGAGGCUUUGUAAAAUCUCGCAAUGCAUACCUCUACUUCAUAGAAACCAAUCAAGCAACAAUAUUCACAUCUACUAUGCAAGCUAAGAAAAAGUUACAGGACUAUGUUACAGUUGCGUUUGCGAAAGGGGCCUGCCAGUGGGGAUGGAGAUUAGGCAUAUUUUCUGGAAUGUUCAGUUUAAUAGCUACAACCAUAUCAGUGUACCGAGACGACACAUCCUUGGUGGAGUACAUAACAGCUGGCGCUAUCACUGGUGGACUUUACAAAGCUAAUUUGGGCUUGGCAGCAACCUUCGUUGGAGCUGGACUUGGUGCUGCAUUAAGUACAAUUGCUGGUUUAGCAAUUUUAGGAGUUUUAAAAAUAACUGGUGUAAGCAUGGAAGAUAUAAGGCAAGCAUUGUAUAAACUCAGAGAAGUAAGAGAAGACCAGUUAAAUCAAGCAAUUGAGAAAUCAGCAAAAAUUAAAAACGAUGACCUUACGAGACACCACGAUCAGCUAGUUUUGGAAAAGGGCGAGAAAAAAGUUGAAGAAAUGUAGAAUGAAACCUUGAUUUAUUUUGUAAAUAACUAUUUUUAUUUUAUGUCGUGGGAGUUAUAAUUAUUUUACUCGAAAUUCUGUUUUGUACAGUAAUAUAGGUAUAGCAAUUAAAUAUUUAUUACAAAUCA